UUUGGCCUAAUCGUGGCCUGUGACGUUUGAAGGGCGGGGCGCGGCGGCAGGUACGGAAGCCGCCCGGGGCCAAGCUCCCUAGUGGCUCGGAAGCAGGGAAACGGGGCAAGAUGGUCUACAUCUCGAAUGGACAAGUGUUGGACAGCAGGAGUCAGUCUCCAUGGAGAUUAUCUUUGAUAACAGAUUUCUUCUGGGGAAUAGCUGAGUUUGUGGUUUUGUUUUUCAAAACUCUGCUUCAGCAAGAUGUGAAAAAAAGAAGAGGCUAUGGAAACUCCUCUGAUUCCAGAUAUGAUGAUGGAAGAGGGCCACCAGGAAACCCUCCCCGAAGAAUGGGUCGAAUCAAUCAUCUGCGUGGCCCCAGUCCUCCUCCAAUGGCUGGUGGAUGAGGAAGGUAAAUGUCUGCUCUAAGAAGCAGACAACAGGACAUGCACAUUCAUAGCAGAAGGAAACCAUCAGGAAGUGGAGGGCUGACCAUGCUGGACGAGUAGAUGAAUGUGUAUGUCUAAACAAGGAUUGCUCUGUGUCUUCACAGAUGAAUGAGGUCAUGCUGGGAAUUCCCUCUGCAGGGAACUGGCCUGACUGAAAUGCGGUUCUAUAAAUGCAUAUGUUUGUCUCAUUAUCUUUUUUGUAUAGUUUAUUAAAGUAUUGAUAGUUUUAAUAAGUAAAUAUUUUUAGGUUGCAAA